GAGCAAUCGGAAUCCCUGGCAUCUUGUGCAAUGCGCUGUGAUGGUGUUGAGGGUGAAGAUGGCACCACAACCACAACUCCAUCAACAACCCCUGUGCCGAAAACUGGCGCAAGGGCUCAGGCAUCCAAAGAUGAUGCGUCCAAAGACUUCUUUCGGUAUCUUUUCUAUGACACGCGUUACCACGUCGGCUUCAUGGCGCAGGUGGAAGUUUUCUUCGUCGCUUUGGAGCUCGUGUCCGAACUGAACAGGCGCAUCACCACAGCCUGCAAAAGUCCCACAGGAAGGCACUGCUGGCCCUGGAAGCUCGUCCUUCCGCCAUGGUGCUGGGUGCCACGCUGGUACCACCAGGAUGCAGCAAGUGGCAGACCGUGGAGCGACCUUUUCAACCUGGAAGGACUUAGAGCAAUGGAGGUGCAAGUGCAAGAUUCUUCCAGCGCGGGAGACGUUACUGUAGAUUUAGCAGCAGUCUUGAUCUCGAGUAGCAGAACGCCUCAGCUCAAGGAUGGACACGGUGACUUUCUGGGUUUUUCGGAGGACAUGCAGGCCUGUGAAUCCCACGGCCAGCAGGUUCCUCAGCGUGGCAGAAGCCGCAACUCUGUGAUCUAUGCUGGGUACUGCGACAAAGACAUCGCGGUAAAGAGACUGAGAUGUGGGGUGCUGAGGGAGAGCUCCCUCAAGGGUUUAGUGGACCUGGCUGAGCAUGCGGGUGGCAGGAGUUUGCUGCUGAAACACCUUGACGCACUUGGGCUGCAUGCGCCUGAAGGCAGUCUUGCGACGAAGUUCCACAAAAGGCUGGCUCCAGCGCCGCCCCUUCUGGCAGCUGCCAAGAAGUUCCGUGACUUGGCACUGGGCCCGUUGCCUUACCUCGGAGUGCAUCUUCGCCGGAAUGACUACAGAGUCACACAUGCGUCGACCACUCCAAGUGCUUGGGCUGCCGCUUCGAGGAUCAAUCGCCUGCUGAGGAAGAGGCAUCUGGAGCAGGUCUUCGUUGCCGGUGAUGCAGAAGAAGGCUUUCGUGUAGACCUCCGUUCCAAAGUGAAAGUAGCUUUGUACUUCUUUUCGCAGGAUGAUGGUGGUGAUUUGCCCGAACUUCGUGGCCAGCAAGAGCUUAUUGAGCUGCAGCUAGUGUCCGAAGCAGAGCUGGGGGCCCUGAUUUCAAGAUCUGCUGCCCCUGUUCCUUCAACAAACACGCAGUUCGCACCUGGCAGUACUGCAUACUUAGCUAGACUCGAACUGUCGGCGUGGAGGUACUUCAUUGGUUCAGCGGGAUCGGCAUUUUCCGCUGCUGUGCGUCGGCAGCGGCUGCAGCUGGGUCAUCCGUCAUCAACUUCCGACGAGGUCUUCUGCGCCAACCUUACAGAGGAGAACUCUCGCAAGCGCUGUGUUUUCAGCAGCUACUAG